UUGUUUUUAAAAGCCAUGUCCCUCAUUCCAAUUAUUGAUCAAUAAUCCAAUAGUACUGAUCACUCUUUUGAAAAUCUGUCUGAUUAAAAUUCUGAAGAAUCCUUCGAGAUUGUACAAAGAAAAAUAAGAAACAAAAAAUGCUAUUAGGAGGAGGAACCUCUAAAAAAGAAGAAGGAUCUCUGUCGAAAUUUCUAAAUUAGUGGUAAUUGCAAAUACGGAGAUCAAGUAAUUUUGUUUAAAUCUUAAUUAGUGUUUUUUUAUUCAUACACCCGCAAAAACUGAAAACAACAUUCAUGCAUUAGCAUAUACUAAGACUAAGCCUUGUAAACGCUAUUUUAGUGGUUUUUGCUGUUAUGGACCUAAAUGUUAAUUUUUACAUAAUCAAUGUAUUGAUCUUGUAGAAUAGAGGGAAUUUGUAGAAAAAUAAUUUAAAGAAUUAAAAUUGAUGGUUCCUUUGCACCCAAGUAUGUUAAAAUUAUUAAUUUCUAGAAAAACUAGAUUAAUCUAUAAGGUUUGAUUUAUAAAGAUUUCAUCAUCUUUAUAAAAUUUUUGGAAGGAAACUAAACUUCAAAAGAGAUGAUUUGAUUGUCAACAGUUGUAAAAGGUACUCUUUUUGUAUCAUAUAAUUAGCCGAUUAAAAAUAUUUAUCACUAUAUGUAGAAAAUAGGAUCGAUUUGAAUAAUUGUUAAUGUCUAAUAGCACAAGUAGAAAAGAAAGUGAAUAAUCCUGA